AUGAAUGAUGAAAAGAUAAAAGUUUAUAUUCAAUACAAUGGGAAAGAUGCUCAUUAUGAUAUUCCUUCAGACGCAAAAGUUCAAACCGUGAUAGAUCAUUUAACACAAGAAUUUAAAGUUAAAAAUGAAUUGCAAAUUUUUCAGAAUACAACUUUAUUGAGUCAUGCUGAUCCCGUCUCAAAGUAUAAAACUGAUAAGGAAAAUCCUUUAAUCGUUGCCGACAUACCGUCUGGACUACCUCCUAGAGAGGAAUUUAUUAAUCGCAGGAACCCUUCAGAGGACGAAAUUCAGAGGCUUGUUUCUCAGGUAUAUGAGAUAGUGGAUGCUAGUGAAAUAACUGGAAAUAAACAAAUUGAUGAAGAAAUUAAAAAGAGACAAAUUGAUACUAUUCGAAAGGCUUUAAAAGAAGCUGAUUACAAUAUUCCUGCUACAAUUGAGAUCCUUUGUAAAUCAUAA